CUCGGAGCCGACUGGUGGUUGUGCUAAUUAAGUCAAGGACGUACAGCGCACACACACUUUUUCUCUUAAGUUGCAUGUACAAUAGCGUCAUGUGUACGGCGCACGUUUUCUUGAACCAAUAGCGCAGACGCCAACAGGUAGGCCAAUGCUACCAGCCGAUAGCGGCGGCUUGCAACUGCGCGCGUUGGUGAUGGCAGUGUGAUGACCAGAACAAGGGGUUGUGAUAAUCUCAUACAAAAUCCCCUUCCCCUGCCUACCCACAUGUACAACUACAAGAACUACCUACCUUACAUUACAGUUGGGCUGCGAUCGAUACGCGCAAUUUUGAAACUCUCACCGGUCGAUGCCUUAUCGAUGAUCCAUGUCGAUGAAUUCGCAGCUCGGAAACUGUUCGCUUACCGACUCGCUUCCCUUCAGUACCUGCUGUAUCUCGAGUACAAGCCCGUCGAAGCAGAGCACGAGACAGCGGAGGACAGGGCAGGACAGGGCAGGGAGUUGACUUGACUGCGGCACCGUUACCCAUGGCGUUCUUUAGCCGGCUUCUUGAUGCUUGGCCUCGGCAUGUCUAGCUUAUACCGUAGACGCUAGUGUGCGCGAUGGUUGCUGUGUUGAGGAUUGGGCUGAGUUAGUUAGUUGUGGAAGUUGUUGUAAGAGGAGUGUCAAGUUAAAAGUUAACGUUGCUGCGUAUUCGGACUUGUGGACGUCAGAGUCAGUCAGUGUUGUAAGUGUGUAGUAAUUGCAACAGCGGAGAAUUUGAUAAUGUACCCGGUGCUGUAAAAGACGUCCCAGCCUGGUCUAGGAGUCUAUGAGUCUAGAGCACAAGCCAUAGACAUGUCAGAGCACACCUAGAGUUCCACUAUCA